CUGCAGAAAUGUUUGGGGGUUAUUAAGACGUUUCAUCAUGUUUAAUGCAGCAGGUGGGAGGAAACAUGCGUGCAUUUAAAGCCUGUCAGCGCCACCUACUGGUUAAAUCUCCUUACUUCACUACAGGACCACCUCUUUAGGAGCCUCUUUUUUUCCCUCAGCGGAGUUUAGACUAACUCAAGGUUGUUCUUUCUUUCCUAAACUCUUUUGGACACGUUUUUCUCUUCUAGGUUGAACUUUAACCUUUUCCUUCCACUUCUGAUUGCCAUCCUGCACAAAACAAAACAAAAGAUAAAUAGUUUUUUUUUGUUUUCGCCUGGAGUGUGGUCGUUUUCUUACUGCCAUGCCAACCAGCCGCCUUGUUGCUGCUGCUGCUGCUGCUCUGUUCAUCUUGCUAUUCUCCACAGCUGGAGCCACCACGGACGACGACAGCUACAGUGACUUCAUAGAGGACGAUCACACUCCUCAGCUGGACUAUAAAGACCCAAACUGGUGUCGUUCUCUGCAGCUGAGCAACGGCGAGGUGACGUGCCGCCCCCCGCGGGGCGGGGCCCACAGGGGCAUGCUGGGUACCCGCUGCGAGAUGGCCUGCGAUCGAGGCUACCGACUGCUGGGCAGGAAGUCGAUUCAGUGCCUCGCCAACCGCCUCUGGUCUGGGACGGCUUACUGUCGCAAGAUCCGUUGCUACGUGCUGCCCCUCAUCCCACACGGCAGAUACACCUGCACUCAGGGCUUCUUCGUGGACUCCAGGUGCGACUUCACCUGUCGACCCGGUUAUCGCAUCGAGGGCGAACACUCACGCACCUGCCAGCCCCGGGGGUCCUGGAGCGGUGUGCAGCCAGAGUGUUCAGAUACUGACCCUCCGAAGAUCAAGUGUCCACCAUCCAGACUGAAGGUGGCUGAUCCUGGAAAGCUCACAGCCAGAGUGAGCUGGGACCCCCCAGCUGCCACUGAUACCGCGGACAAAUUCCUCAAUGUGGUGUUGGUGGACCAGCCGCCCGGCACUGACUUCAAAGAGGGACUACACGUCAUCAGAUACAAGGUGUACGAUCAAGCCAGGAACAGAGCUGCCUGCAAGUUUAUUGUACGUGUGGAGGUGAGAAGGUGUCCAGAGCUGCCUCCGCCUCUGCACGGUUACCUCAGCUGCUCCUCUGACGGGAAUAACUACGGCGCAGAGUGCGAAUACCUCUGCGAUGGAGGAUAUGAGCGCAGGGGGACGUCUAGCCGUGUCUGCCAGUUUAACCGCAGCUGGAGCGGAGCCCCUGCCGAAUGUGUCCCGAUGGAGUUUAAAUUCAACGUAAAGACAGCUUCGGCUCUCCUGGAUCAGUUCUACGAAAAGAGGAGGCUGCUGAUCAUGUCGGCGCCCGACAUAUCCGACCCCGACUACAAGCUGCAGAACCUCAUGAUACAAAAAUCUGAUUGCGGAUUAGACCUUCGACAUUUCACGGUGAUCGAACUCCUGGGCUCCCCGCCUCGAGAGACGGGGCGCAUCAAAGAAAAUCUGCUUCAGGCUGAAGUGAUUGAGGGCUUGAGGCAAGUAUUCAGAAUCUCCCGCUCCUACUUCAGCAUGGUCCUGCUGGACGAGCUCGGUGUCGACAGAGAGCGCUUCAUUGUGCCGGUGUCGUCUGACGAGCUCUUCUCCUACAUAGACGGUUUCCUGCUGGAGGAGGAGGAACGGGAGAGGCUGGAGCUCCACAGAGAUUUCUGCGACUAGUUUAUCAAAGCUCUCUGGCCGUCAUCUUUUUUUUUUUUUUAGUAAGAUAAGAUGUGAAAGGACAAAUGAGCAGAAAACGGGAGAUUAAAGAAGAGGGCAGGUCCUCACAUUUAAAUGGGAUCAUUACACAAGACAGAAGUGCUGGCACUGUUUGCUCAACGUAAAAAUUAGCUAAACGGGAGGAAAGGAGGAACUUUACUUCAUAUCAACAGAAAAUUCAAAUCUUUAAUGAAAUUAGAUCUUUUAUUGCAAGAAAUGUAGCACAUUAAAGCUAUUCUGCUUUUAUUUCACAUUCAACAAUUUAAUCCUAGAGAUAAAACUCCCGUUUACAGGUAACAGAAGAAGUAAAAGGAUGAUAAAAAAAAAAAUAAAAGACCAGUUGGACACAGAUACAAAAUAAGAGUGGAGACAAAGACAUUGGGUUUAACUUUUAUUGGGUCAACAGAUUAUUCAAGGUAACCUUGAGUUUAACGUGACUGAAAACACUCCAAACCCAAAGCUUAACAAUAAACUUAUAUUAAAACAAACAGUCAUUUCAUUUCUUCAAAUAAGGCCUUUAAUUGAAGUUAUAUAAAUAUAAACUGUAAUAAGAGCAUUAAAGCACAGUGGUGCACAUUUAAUAUAACUGCUUUUAUCCAAGCCCAUAAAUCCUUCAUAAUGCUGGUUUAUAAUGAAAUUUCCUUCAUAGUGUUCUUCUGUAAACGAUUAUAAAGACAAGUGUGAAAAAUUAAGACACUUCUGUGCUGUGAAUGAUUUUCAAUCGUAAUGCAUACAGUCUCAAGUUUGAAAAAGUGACUUAGUGUGAAGCUUUUGGCACACGUUGAACAGUAACACCAAUCAGGAGUCGGUGAACUAAACUGAAUCCCGCACACAGGGAGGAGAACCGAGCUGCAGCCUAAAACCUAAAGCAGCAGACGAGCUCCUGGUCACAUGACGAAUCCACAGACUCAUAUUUGUCUCUGAGGCCAGAGUUUCUCAUCGCAUCAGAUCACUUUCAGCAUCUCUGUCCUCAUUUACCCUUAGUCUUUCCCAUGGUGCAGCGCAGUGGAAGAGUGCCCUCUGCCCACGAGUCGGGGUACUGCAUCAUCUUCUGCCACAGACUGAUCUCCUCUCCGCCAGACUCCGGUUUCACUUCCUCUUUUCCUAUUUUUACAGUGCCUGCAGUGGGGAGAUUAGACAGAGCCUUUAAGAUCCGUGAUGGAAAAUUCUUUCAGCUCCUCUGAUGUUCACAUAAGUAAAAAAAAAAAAGCAAUGCCCUGCAGAAGUGAUGAUUUUUACAGUAAACUAAAGUGUAAAAAUAAGACCUGUAUACAAUGUUCUUUCCAUUACGCUGAAAGUAAUAAAGAGCUGGUCUUUAAACACUGUUCAUAUAUUGGUAUGAAUCAUAAAA